AUGAUUUCUUGCCGUGAUGGAUAUGGUUUAUACUAUCCACAACCUUAUGCAUUCGGCUACGAAAUUAAGGAUCCUCAUCAUGGAAGUCAAUGGAGAAAAGAAAACAGCGAUGGCCAUAAAGUUGAAGGCAGCUAUGGAUACGUAGAUGCUUGGGGAAUUAAACGUCAAGUCGAUUACAUAGCUGAUAAACAUGGAUUCAGAGCUAAAGUUAAGACCAAUGAGCCUGGAACAGCUAAUGAACAUCCUGCUCACGUCAAGAUGAAUUCACACUUUGCUCUUCUCUUAUUUAUACUAUGUGCGAUAGAUACUUUAUCUACUCGUAUUAAGGAUUUGAAACUAUUUGGGAUGCCUUACGGAUGGUCACAGAAACCAAUACAUCUCUACGAAUACGGGUAUGACAUCGUAGAUAAACACGGAAACAAACAUUGGAAAAAGGAAGAGAAAAAUAAAAAAGGAGUUGUGAUAGGAAGCUAUGGUUACAUUAAUGUGAAUGGCAUUAAAAGAUUUGUUAAUUAUGUUGCUGAUCAUAAGGGAUUUAGGGUGAAGAUAAAUAGUAACGAACCAGGAACUGCUAUUCAACAUCCAGCACACGUUCAUAUUUAUACCGAACCUCUCUUCGUUCUAGCCGGGAUUAUUUCAGUUGGAUUAGCUGAAAUUGGCCAUCAUAUCCAUCACUACUAUCCACAACCUUAUGCAUUCGGCUACGAAAUUAAGGAUCCUCAUCAUGGAAGUCAAUGGAGAAAAGAAAACAGCGAUGGCCAUAAAGUUGAAGGCAGCUAUGGAUACGUAGAUGCUUGGGGAAUUAAACGUCAAGUCGAUUACAUAGCUGAUAAACAUGGAUUCAGAGCUAAAGUUAAGACCAAUGAGCCUGGAACAGCUAAUGAACAUCCUGCUCACGUCAAGAUGAAUUCACACGCAUACCAACCUCAUGGUCACUCGUUCCUCUUCAAAGGUCAUCAUCACUAUUAA